CGCUGUCCAAGCAUCAGUCGAUCUUCGUUCAUCGAUCAGACAACUCAACACAGACCACAAUGUACAAGCUGGUGGUGUUGUUCUCCGUGGUGGCUUUGGCGGCGGCCAAGCCCGGUUUGGUGGCGCCUUUGGCGUACAGCGCCCCUGUGGCCUACAGCGCGGCUGUUCCCGCCACGAGCUCCGUAUCCCAGUACAGCUCGAGCGUGGUCCACGGAUCCCCAGUUGUGCCCGCCGUGUACAGCGCCCCCGCCGUCUACAGCGCUCCCGCCGUCUACAGCGCCCCUGCCGUCUACAGCUCCUCCGUAGUGGCCCCCGCCGUGGCCCUCGCCCAGGCCCCUCACUCACCCGCUGUCGUCCUCGACGCCGUCAACGGUGUGCCCCUCGACACCCCUGAGGUGGUCGCCGCCCGCGCCGCCCACUACCAGGCUAAGGCUCUGGCCUCCCACCACCUCCGCAAGCGUUCCGUCGGUGCUCUGUCCUACAGCGCCGUCCCCGUAGCCCACGGCGUGGUCGCCGCCCCUGUGUCCUACUCCGCCCCUGUUGUCUCCGGCUACUCCGCUGCCCCCGUUGUGUCCGCGUACUCAUCCCCUGUUGUGUCCGCGUACUCAACCCCAGUGGUGUCCCCCUACUCAUCCCCCGUGGUGUCCCCCUACUCAUCCCCCGUGGUGUCUGCCUACUCCGCCCCGGUGGUGGCCUCCCCCGUGGCUUACUCCGCCGUGGUCCCCAAAGCCCUGAGCGUGCACCCCUGGUAAUCAACGAAUCGAUAACGAAACAAACGAUGUCUGAUCAGUUUUAGAUACUUAAAUUCACUGCCAAAAUAAACGAUUUAUAAAUA